CACGAGCCACCACACACCAAUCCGGCGGAUCAUUUCUUGGCCAGAUCUCUUCACGACUUGAAGAACAAGCAUAUAUCACAGAACUGUAGAGUUUUCCGUAACCAAGCCCCCUACCCGCGCUGCAACGAACAGAGAUCCCAAUUCCGAAGCACAUUGUCAGCAUUUAUUUACAAAUCACGUCCACACCGCACUCGAUCAUCCAAUACAGAAUGAGCCAUCUAACAACACUAUCUCAACGGAAUCCACAAUCAUCCAAUGCCCUCUUCCCUCCGUCGGGUCCAUCUUCCGGGCGCGUAUCUCCUUCAUCAUUCCGACCAGGAUCCUCAGCAGGUACAAGUCAAUUCUCAGAAUCCCCAUACGGAGGUGGCAUGGGGAGCGGAUAUACGAGAGCAACACAUGACAUCGAGGGACAGAAUGAUGAACGGUUAGAAGGGUUGUUAGGCAAGGUUAAGAUCUUGAAAGACAUCACAACAGGAAUAGGAAACGAAGUGCGGGAUAGUAAUAUCCAAUUAGGCAACAUGAAUGACACCUUUUCAUCCACCUCUUCCUUCCUGAGCGGGACAUUCAGGCGGAUGAACAAGAUGGCCAAACGGCAGGGCGGGAACUGGUGUUGGCUAAUGAUGUUUUUAUUAUUCGUCCUGUGGAUCUUUGUUGUCCUUUGGUGGUUGAGACGAUGACAGGCGGGCUACGUAGCAUAGUAAAAGUCACUUAACCUUCUAAUGGAGUACGAUGUCUUAUCAUCGCUGGCAUGAGACGAUCUGGCGUCUUUAACUAUUGCUAGCUUCUUAACUUUCACAGCUUGUAUUUGUUGAUCUUAUUUGUUCUUAUACUGCAUGGUUGUGAUGUGCAUGA